AAGAAUACCAGCUGUGUGCAGCAUGAAUAUAUUCUCACGCACGCGCAUACAUUCCUGCUCCAUCAAAAGCAGCAAAAGAAAACUAAGUUUAAGGCAUCGGUCGAUGGAAGGAAGGAACGAAAUACGGAGUAUUUGCCAUCAGCAGCACGUAUAGCAUCACAGGUUAUCAGGUUGGCCGGCCGGCGGUGCAGUGCAGCAGUGGAGGAGCGCAUAUAGAGAUCGAUCGAGCGCGUGCACGGCUAGCUAGCUCAGGCGCGCGCGUGCAAUGGCGCUCAACUACAUGGGCGCCGCGGCCAUCAAUGCGCUGGCCGCCCUGCUGUCCAUCCCGGUGAUCGCGGCCGGCAUCUGGCUCUCCACGCAGGCCGACAACGCGUGCGUCCAGAUCCUGCAGUGGCCGCUCAUCGGCCUCGGCGUCGCCGUCCUGGCCGUCGGGCUCGCGGGCUUCAUCGGCGCGUUCUGGCGCCUCCCCUGGCUCCUCCUCGCCUACCUCGUCUUCAUGCUCCUCCUCAUCGCCGCGCUUGCCUGCCUCGCCGUCUUCGUCUUCGUCGCCACCACUGGCUCCUCCGGCCGCCCCGUACCCGGCCGGGCCUUCCUCGAGUACGACCUCGACGACUACUCCGGCUGGCUUCGCCGCCGCGUCGACGCGCCGGGGAGGUGGGACGAGAUCAAGACGUGCCUCGCCACCACCGCGCCCGUUUGCUCGGACCUCAACCAGACGUACACCGCGCCGCAGGCUUUCUUCGCCGCGUGGCUCUCCCCGAUGCAGUCCGGGUGCUGCAAGCCGCCGACGAGAUGCGGCUACACCUUUAUCACCGCGACCAACUGGAUCAGCCCCAUCGACGGUGGCGCUGACCCCGACUGCGCCGCCUGGAGCAACGACCAGGACCGCCUCUGCUACUCCUGCGACUCAUGCAAGGCCGGCCUGCUCCAGAACCUCCGUCGGGAGUGGCGCCGCGCCGACGUCGUCCUCAUCGUCGCCACCGUGGCGCUGCUCGUGGUCUACGCCAUGGGCUGCUACGCGUUCCGCGCCGCCAGGACCGACGAGCUCUUCCGCCGCUACAGACAGGGCUACACGUAGUUAAUUAGACAGUGAUACAAGUACUUAAACCAUUUACUUUAUUUGUUUGACAAGUUUUUAGCCAUGGUCGUUGUACAGUUCCACAUAACUGUGCAUGCGUAUAUUUGUUCUUUUCAAUCAAAAGAGAAAUUUAAGAGAUUAUUCACUAUG